AUGUCAUCAAUCAAGGAUAUCAAUGAAAGUGGAGAACCUCAAUAGAGUGUUUUUUACUCCUUACGUCAUGAUCAAGAGUAGAGCCAUAGCUUUCACAGUUUAGAUGAUGAUCUUAAUGAGAGAAUAGAUGCAACAUCAAUUAAUGUAGAGAUGCAGAUUGUGAAUAAUUGCUAAUCUUAAGAUUCUCCAAUUUCCACCCAAGAAAGCCAAGAGGCAUAAUAAUCACUCAUUUAGUUAAGGCUAUUGGGGAGAGAAGUUAAGGAUCAGAAACCCUCUUUUAAAAAGGAGAUUGUUCCUAUCAAUAUCACGUUUUUGUAUUUGGAGUAUAUAACAAACAAUCCUGGAAUGAAGAUCUGGUUAUUGUCCAAUAUCUUGUUGGAUAUUUGUUUGAGGAUACUGAUAUUAGUAUUUUUUUGUGUGGGGACAGUGGAUGAAGACAAGUUAAUAGAUCCUAAUAAAGAUAAGACUGUUACAGCUUAUUUUAUAAUCUUCCUUUAAAUUCCUAGAAUUUUGCAUUUGCUUACAACUUCUAAAUUGAUUUUUAUGGAUAAAUACAAUCUCUAAAAUAGAUCUUAUCUUCCCAUGAGUUACGUGUUCAGAGCCAAUUUCAUUCAAGAAGUCUGUCCUCGUUAAGAGGAUCUCAAACCGAUCAAUUACAAGGACAACAUUCUCUCUAUCAGAUCACUGAUGUUUAUCCUAUUUCCAAUAGAACUUUAGUGGAUUCCUAUGUUUCCUUUUAGAAAUCGGAAAAAUUCUGAAACUACUAUAAUCAUUAGUAGUUACAUUCUAAAAAGCAUAGAAGUCAUGAUUUUCGAACCAACUCUCCUGAUUAUAAUUUCAUUCAAAUCUGAAAAGUUACAACUUUAUACUAGAUUGCUCUUUGGAUUAAUAUUGCUAGAUAUUAUAAAAUUUGUAAUCCUCAAUUUAUGUUUAAUCAUCUUUAGCAAUGUGGGAAAAAAUUCUAAAGUUAAAAUAUGA